AGAAAUUGAUAAGGACAAUUUGAUAUUCUAAUAUGAAGUACCUACGCAAUAUUACAUUGUCUGCUACUAGUGUUUAUUAUUAAAUUUCUUAUUUCAAACAGCAGUAGUGGAAUCUUCCGCCUUGCAUUGUUCGUCGUCAACCGGAUAUUAAUUAAACGCGGAAACGUAAACUAUUAUUUCUAUUAACGCACCGCGUUCUAAUUGACGAUACAAUUAUCAAUUGAAACAAUCUGAUUCAAUCAUGUUAUAUUAGUUGUGUUUAGUCUCGAAAGAAAUGGAUUCUCGGGUCACUGAUAAUAUACCAUCUACGAAUACACAUUUACCACAAAGGUGUUGUGUAUCAACAACCAACAUAAGUCGUAUCGACUGUAAUAGUAUCAAUAGUAAUGAUUUUGUAUUUGAUGUUAAUGAUCAUACAAAUUUAAUUCCCAACGACGCUCUCAAUAUCAAAAAGCACAACUGUCGUUGUUCUCUAUCGGAUGCAAAUGAAUCAAAAUCAAGUGCAUAUAUUUUUCAACCAUGGAUAACCUUUAUUCAUAUAUUGUGUACCGCAGCCUUGGCUUUUUUAGCUGUGUAUUUGGUAUCUAAUGUUUUAAUAUUUGGAGAAGAAAUUAAUGAAAAAGAAAUGGAUGAUAUAACAUGGCGUUCUUAUCAUUUUGAACAACAUUAUUAUACAACAUCUCCAAUUAUGACUACAACAACAGUAUUACCUACUCCUAAGGAUAAAUGUGAACCAUUAUAUGUUUUAGUUUAUGCUAAUUGUUUUGUUUGGUUUUUAUUUUUAGUACUCGAUCAUGUUGCUCGGCAUAUACAUAAUAAAAUAUUGAGAUCUCGUGGACACUUACGUGCACAUGCUCGACUAAGUCGUCUUGCAGCAAUACCGUUUCAAUUAGUAUCCUUGUGGACUGUUUUAUUGGCCAUAUUUAUUGCUAUAUAUGCACAGCAAGACGAAGCUGAUAUGCAACCAUACUGUGAUGCUAAUAUGUUAAUGUCACCAAAAAAUGGAAUUGCUGUAUUACUUAUCAUUGAGUUUAUAUGUGUUACAAUAACUUCAUUAAUAUAUGCUAAUUCCAUUAGAAAGUUCAAUUUUGAAAAACCUCCGCCAGAUGUGUGUGGUUGGGAUGAAAAUAAUUAUUGUGAUAGAUGGACACCUCAUGUAUUACAGAAUACUGAUGUUACAUUAAAUCAACAGACAAAUUCUGAAGGACUUUCGUUUUAUGAACAGCGUGAUGGACGUUGCCUAUUAGAUUUGCUAGAGUAUUAUGCACAUGCUAAUCGUGAGCUGGCUGCUCAUUUGGGUAAAACAUCUCAAAGAUUACAUCAACUUGAAGUUGAAAAACAAUCUCAACAACCAUCACCAUCUCAGUCACCGAACUGAAUACUAUAUUUAAUUACGAAUUAUGAAAUUAUAGAAAAUGCAAAUUAAUUUAUUAGAUUUUUUCCUAUCAUUAUUCUU